AGUGAUUUUUCCUUGUGAACCUGGCUGCCAUUUUGAGUUCAGCAAUGCUUCCAUCAUGCCAAGCAGGGACGUUCUCAUUGAUUUUUCAGCAGAGUUCUUAAAUUAAAGCUUAUGCUAUGUUUGUAACACGUUGUGUUAGUUUUUUUUUUUUGCGUUGUGAAUUACAUUUCAUAACGAUAACUAAACCUUAUUGUAAAAAUAAUUACGUUAGAAAUAGUUCACGGUAAAAUACAUUCUACGUGAUACAUCUGGGCGAGAGCGUAUUUUCGAGCGAUUGUAGCAUUCAAGUCUCGCACGUAAUGCUCGCAAGGCAUUCUGGGUAACCUGGUGUCUGUAGAAGAAGGCAACAUGGCCGACAGCCUUGGGAAGCUGUGUGUCGUACGCUGUUAAAACGUUUGUUGUAGCGUAGGCGCUCAUUAUUUAAAUGUACUUUCGUUGUGUUUUGAGAAGAAAAGUUUAUGAACUCGUUUAUUAAAUGCGUUAUUUUGAUUUUUUUUUGCGGUUUAGAGUGGUGUUAAAGGAAAUACGGUCUUGCUUGCUUGUGUUGGUCUCGCGAAUGGCAGCCAACUUGGCAUGACGGUACCUGCGAAAACUGGCUAGAACAUUUACGCGUGAACGAUAUUGUUUGGUAUUACAAGAACUAAUAACGUCGUUAUAAACAAUGCGUGUGUGUUAUAUAUUUAUAUUAGUACCGAAGUACUUGUAAUUGAAAAAAAAAAAUAUCUGCCCGAUAUACAAUGCGCCAGUCUGGAUCAGGCGAAGAGUCAGGACAUGACUCUGGUUCCGAGUCAGAGAAGCAUUCAGGUUCUGCGUCUGAAAAUGAAUCAAAAAGCAAUGAGUCGUCGAAGUCAGAGUCAGCAUCAGGAUCGGGUUCCGCAUCCGACAGUGGCACGAUGUCAAGCACCUCUGCCUCUGGCAGCGGCUCUGAUUCGGACAAGAAGAAAAGCGACGAGAGUCGCACGAGGUCUUCCUCCAGCAAGAAGGAGCUGAAGCAGAUAUGGGAGCAGUGUCCGGAUGUUUAUGGAAUUCGUCGCUCUGCGCGAUCUCGGAAAGAACCAGAGCGUCUAAAUGCAACAGUUGAAAGUGAUUCUAGCGACAAUGCCAAAAAGAAAAACCCUGCCAGAAGAGCUGCAAAGGGCAGAGCGAGCACUUGGAACUCGGACUCCUCCAACUCGGAGUCGGAGGACGAGGAGCGGGAGCGGCCCCCUCCGAGCAAGCCCCCUUCCAGGCGGGGCAAGCCGGCGCGGAGCAGGCCGGAGCCCAAGAAGCCACUGCGACGCAAGUACAGUGACUCCUCAGAGUCGAGCUUCAACAGCGACGAUGACCAUGAUUGCCGCAGGAGUGCCAACAGGCGGGCAGCGGUGUCCGUCAGCUACAAGGAGGACAGUGACGAGAAGACGGGCUCGGAUGACUUGGUGGAGGUGGAGUGGAACGAGGCGGAGGCAGCGGCUGCCGAGCCAGACAACGCGGAGACGGUCGAGAAGAUCCUGGCCAUGCGGCGAGGCAAGAAGGGUGUGACUGGGAACAUCACCACCAUCUAUGCUGUUGAAGAGAAUGGUGACCAGAAUGUCUGUGACCCAAGUGAUCUCGAGAACACGGAAGUACAGUACCUGAUCAAGUGGAAGGGGUGGUCACACAUCCACAACACUUGGGAGUCUGAAGCAUCGCUCAAAGCCCAGAAGGUGAAGGGCCUGAAGAAGCUGGACAACUUUGUGAGGCGGGAGGACGAGCUGGCCUUCUGGAGGCAGCACGCAACUCCGGAGGACAUAGAGUACUUCGAGUGCCAGCUGGAACUGCAGGCGGAGCUGAUGAAGAGCUACAACCAGGUGGAGAGGAUCAUAGCUGAAUUCAUAAAGCCGGAAGGAGCGCAUCCCGACUAUUACAUCAAGUGGGAGAGCUUGCCAUACGCGGAGGCUACCUGGGAGGAUGGCUCCCUCAUUGUGAAGAAGUGGCCAAACAAGAUAGCGGAGUUUCGGGAGCGGGAAGACUCGAAACGAACGCCCUCUAAGCACUGUCGGGUGCUGAGGCAUCGGCCGAAGUUUGUCCAAGUCAAGUCGCAGCCAGAGUACAUGGGCGGCGACCAGGUUCUGGUCUUGCGUGACUACCAGCUUGAUGGCUUGAACUGGCUCAUCCAUUCCUGGUGCAAGGAAAACUCUGUCAUCCUGGCUGAUGAGAUGGGGCUGGGCAAGACUAUACAGACAAUUUGCUUCCUGUACUACUUGUUCCACACACAACAACUGUUUGGGCCAUUUCUUGUGGUCGUACCACUGUCAACGAUGACAUCUUGGCAGCGAGAGUUCUCUCAGUGGGCCCCUGAGAUGAACAUUGUCACCUACCUUGGUGAUGUCUCGUCCAGGGACAUCAUCCGCCAGUACGAGUGGUGCUACGCGGGCUCGAAGCGGCUCAAGUUCAACGCGAUCCUCACGACGUACGAGAUCGUGCUGAAGGACAAGGCCUUCCUGGGCGGCCUGAGCUGGGCGGCCCUGAUGGUGGACGAGGCGCACCGCCUCAAGAACGACGACUCCUUGCUCUACAAGGCGCUGAUGGAGUUCGACACGAACCAUCGCCUGCUCAUCACCGGCACGCCCUUGCAGAACAGCCUCAAGGAGCUCUGGAGCCUGCUGCACUUCAUCAUGCCCAACAAGUUUGCUUCUUGGGAGGAAUUUGAGAAAGAACAUGACAAUGCAGCACAGAAAGGUUACUCAAAACUCCACAAGCAACUUGAGCCAUUUAUCAUCCGUAGAGUGAAGAAGGAUGUUGAGAAAUCCCUUCCAGCGAAGGUGGAACAAAUACUUAGGGUGGAGAUGACGAUGCUGCAGAAGCAGUACUACAAGUGGAUACUUACGAAAAACUAUAAUGCUCUUCGGAAGGGUGUUAAAGGUUCAUCUAGCACUUUCCUCAACAUCAUGAUAGAGUUGAAGAAGUGUUGCAACCAUGCGUUUCUCACCAAACCUGUGGAAUAUGAGCAGCGUCCACCGCCAGAGGAACACAUACAGUCCCUGAUCCGCGGCUCCGGGAAGCUGGUGCUCUUAGACAAGCUGCUGGUGCGGCUGAAGGAGACGGGCCACCGCGUCCUCAUCUUCUCCCAGAUGGUGCGCAUGCUCGACAUCCUGGCAGAGUACCUGCAGCAGCGCCACUUCCCCUUCCAGCGGCUGGACGGCGGCAUCAAGGGCGAGCUGAGGAAGCAGGCCCUGGACCACUUCAACGCGGAAGGUUCCCAGGACUUCUGCUUUCUGUUGUCAACUCGUGCAGGGGGUCUGGGGAUAAACCUUGCAACUGCAGACACGGUGAUCAUUUUUGAUUCUGACUGGAACCCUCAGAACGACUUGCAAGCUCAGGCUCGCGCUCACCGCAUCGGCCAGAAGAAUCAGGUGAACAUCUACCGCCUGGUGACGCGCAACUCUGUGGAGGAGGACAUAGUGGAGCGCGCCAAGCAGAAGAUGGUGCUGGACCACCUGGUGAUCCAGCGCAUGGACACCACCGGCCGCACCGUGCUGGACAAGAAGGCCAGCUCGUCUGCCGCGCCCUUCAACAAGGAGGAGCUCACGGCCAUCCUCAAGUUCGGGGCGGAGGAGCUGUUCAAGGACGAGGAGGAUGGCGUCGACGAGCUGGCCUGCGACAUUGACGAGAUCCUGCGGCGUGCGGAGACGAGGGACGACGCCCCGGCGAUGGUGGGGGACGAGCUGCUGUCGGCCUUCAAAGUGGCCAGCUUCGUGCCCUUGGAGGAGGAGGAGGUCGCUCCGCCGCAGCAGGAGCCCGACGAGGACACCAAGGACUGGGAUGACAUCAUUCCUUUGGACAUCCGCAAAAAAGUUGAAGAGGAAGAAAGACAAAAGGAGAUGGAUGAUCUGUAUCUACCGCCACGCAGUCGCAAAACGUUGCAGCAAAUCAACCAAUCCGACUCGGAUGGAGAAGGCAGGGGCAGCCGGAAGCGUAAGAAGAAAGAUGAGACUGAAUCGAGUGGAGAGGAAGAUAGUGACGAUGACAGGCCAAAGAAAAGAGGGCGUCCAAGAUUAGCACCAAGAGAGAACAUUAAAGGCUUUACAGAUGCAGAGAUCCGCAGGUUCGUGCGCAGCUACAAGCGGUUCUGCGUGCCGCUGAAGCGGCUGGAGGCGGUGGCGUGCGACGCGGAGCUGCAGGAGCGGCCGCUGGCCGACCUGCGCCACCUGGGCGAGGUGCUGCGCGAGCGGUGCCUCUCAGCCCUCGCCGCGCAGCAGGGCUCCAAGGAGAACGAGUCGGUGCACGAGGACAGCAACCCCUCAGGUCCGGGACCUGGGAAGCGGGGCAGAGCGCGCGGCCCGUCGUUCAAGCUGGGUGGCGUGGCGGUGAAUGCGAAGAGCGUGAUGGCGUGCGAGAAGGAGCUGGAGCCACUGAACGAGGUCUUGCCCGCCGACACGGCUGAGAGGAGCAAGUGGGUGCUGGAUGCGAAGGUGAAGCCUGCGAACUUCGACGUACCUUGGGAGGUUGAGGAUGACUCUAAACUGCUGCGAGGUGUUUACCAAUAUGGGAUGGGAUCGUGGGAAGCGAUAAAGAUGGAUCCUUCCCUGGACCUUGGCGUGAAGAUUUUAAACAAUGAAGGCAGUAAGCCGCAAGCAAAGAAUCUGCAGGCUCGCUGUGACUACCUGCUGAAGAUUUUACGCAAGCAGCUUGAUUUCAAAAUGGGUGUGACGAAGCCCAAGCGGGAGCGAACGCGGAAAGUGGUCAAGUCUCUGAGGGAAGUGACGGAGGAUGAUGUGAUAAGCUCGGCUGAGGAAGCUAACGUGAACAGCAGUGGACAAGCGACGAGCACUGCACCUACUGUCCUGCCCAAGAAGCCACCCAAGGUGAAGACCGAGAAGAAGGUGAAGGAGGAAGGAGAGGAGGUAAAGAGUGAGGAGGAGAGCAAGGAGAAGGAGGAGGUGGUGGUAAAGGUGGAGAAGGAGAAGAAGAAGGCACCAAAGAAGGAGAAGAAAGAGAGCAAGGCAAAGAGCAAAAAGCUGAUGGGUCCGAUGCACUUCACCGCAAACAGCGAGCCUCGUGCGCUGGAAAUAGUUGGCGAUUUGGAGCCACAAAUUUUCAAUGAGUGCAAGGAGAAGAUGCGGCCGGUGAAGAAGGCCCUGAAGGCGCUGGACAACCCUGACCAGUCGCUGACGGAGCAGGAGCAGGUGAACCACACGCGCCAGUGCCUGCUGCAGAUCGGGGACCAGAUCAACCGCUGCCUCGACGAGUACAAGGACCCGGACAAGGUCAAGGAGUGGCGCAGCAACCUGUGGUACUUUGUAUCAAAGUUCACAGAGUUUGAUGCAAAAAAGCUGUUUAAACUGUACAAACAUGCUGUGAAGAAGGACCAAGAUAAGAAAGAUAAAGUUACAGAGAAGAAAGUGAAGUCAGUCAAGACUGAAAAAGAAGAGAAAACUAGUGAUACCAAAGAUGGCAGCCAUAGCCGUAGUCCGAACAAACGAAGAAUGGAUGAUGAUAAAGAUAACGAGAAAGAUGUGCAUAACACUCCAAAGAGGCCUUUCCUAUCACAGGAUUCGAGUCGAAGCUAUGAAAAGGACCACGGGAAGAAAUCCCAGCAGAGUGAUCGACCGUCGCCGCGGGAGCGCGACCGGGACCGGGACCGUGAGCGCGAUCGUGAUCGGGAUCGGGAUCGCGAUCGCGAUGGGAAGGACGGGAGCGGACGGGUGCGGAAGGACAGUGGUGGUCCCUUGCAAGCCACGGCCCCGAUGCACCAGCCGUCGCGGCCGAUGCUGAACAGCUCCCCCCAGCGGCCCUCCCCCUACAGUGCGGGGCCUCACGUGCGUCCCAGCGGCAUCGACGGAUCGGGGGACCGCUGGCCGUCCGGUCCACUUAACAGGGACAGGUUCAGUGGGGACCACAAGCGUGAGAGGUUCGACAGCUACAACAGAGGGCCCGCCGGUGGGGGCGGGUCGGGCUACCACAGGGAUCGCGACAGGAACCACCGUAUGAUGGAAAAGAGGUUCCGCCAAGGGCCGUCCAGCUACGGGAACCACUACGCCCCGCCCAUGCCUUCAUUCGGCUCGGGGGGGCCCGGGUACUCGCAAGGGGAGAUACAGCCCCACUUUCCUCGGGAAAGGUUCCCCGGCCCCAUGACGGGGAGCGGCGGGGGCAGUUGGCGGGGGAAGGAGCGAGACUACCGCAGGGACUACGACAGGCGCCCUCCGCCAAACUCUUAGUGGUGCGUGUGAAGUGCAGUGCAUGCGUGGCUACGUACUAAGCCUGCGAGGCACUGCCAAUGUCAGUUUUGGAUCAUAGCGUGUGGAUUGCAAACUAAGUUUCGGUGACUUCCACGAACUGCGGAACGGUACGCAACUGCGUUCGAUGUUUGCACUGUGAUGAAAUCAUUUGAGAAAUGAAUAACUUUGCUAAUAUGAAAUCGCUAUCAACGGCAGAAUUAUUUAGUGCUGCUGUUCAUGAAGUAAUUUUAAUUACCAUCAUAGAUAAAAUUUUUCCAACAGUUAAUACCUCGGAAUGUAUUUCAAGUUGGCCCAUAGCGAAAUCAAUACUCUGUGGUGGGAAGAGAAGAUCUACAGAUCUAUCUUCCAUUCAAACAACUUUUACAUUGCAACACACCGUAAACUGUUUCUGUCAAAGAUAUAACAUUAAUUAGCAUAAUUUUUUUUGUAGAAUGUUUAUAAAGACAAGUGUGUAAAUUUACCUUUCUAGAUCUUGCGGGCAUUGUAUGUUAAAUAGUGAAUUAUUAAAAAAAUUUUUCGAACAUGCAAUGUCUUAUACACCAGUAACAGUUCUCUGUUCCUGUAUUUGUGACCGGAUAUUUUCAUUGUAAAUAAACUUGUCUUCUAGUGGAGAGUGGUUUUAUGUUGCGUGUGUUUGACUGGUUUGCGGAUGCAGCUGUGCAAAAAAUUAAAUGCUGGAUUAUAUUUUGAGCUGUGUGAACUCAUGUGGAUACCAUCUCUCAUGUUUCAAGAAGGUCUCUUUAUACUGGUGCUAAGAGAAACUCGCUUUUAAGAUUGAGAAGAUGAAAGAGUAAUAUUGUGUACAGUAGUUGGCCCAAGGAGUGUAACUAACAUGUAUAUAGCCAUCACAACUUUCUCCUGUGAUAUGAAGUGAUCAUCAUUGAAAACUUGUCAGCACAGCAAAAUAAGUUAACAUGGCAAAGUUGUAGGUAAGGCAUUAACAUUGAUUUUAUUAGAAAAUAAAGUCACAUCACGCAAUCAUUUUUAAGGUUUGGGGAACUAGAAAUUUUGUUCAUUCACAAUGUGCUACAGUGUUCAAUAGCAGCUUUCUUCUGCAAGAAAAUUAUUAAUAAAGUUUUUUUUUUACAUUUUGUAAAACUAUUUUAAUUUUGAUUAUAAACAAAUGACUAUUAGAAACUUUUGUUCUGUCUGUAUAUGUGUAUAUAUAGUGAUUUCUGUUGGUUUCAACUGAAAUCAGGAGAUCAUUGAAAAUUAUAAUAUAUUUGUUUUUAUAUACAUAUGUAAAAUCUAUAUUUUAUUCUUUUUUUUUUGGUGCCACCAUGUGACUUCAGUAAUUCAGUUGAAUUAUAGAAGAAAAUAUUUAAAUAAAUUGUGUACAUGAUAAAAGUGCAGUAUUUAUUUUGAUGAAUAAAUAAUGAAAAGAUUAAUAGUGCAAUUUUUUGUUUAAAAAAUAUAGGAGAAUAUUACGCAUUAAGGUCCUAUCGGAGCAGUUUUUUUGAAAAAUUUAAAGAUUAUUUGUAUUAUGGGGUUGAUGAUUGGAUAGGUCAGUAAGAUCCUAUCUAAAUAACACGUAGUUGUAAUAAUGUUGGGUUGAUUCUAAAAAAUAUUAGUUCUGAUUCAUGUAUGUAUUGGCAAUUCAAUCCUUCAAUUUGGUUGUAACUACUAUUUUUUAUUCUCAGAUGUAAAAAUCUGUUUUUGUUUACAAAAUAUAAUUGCAAAAAAAUGACUAGUAAUUUACUUACAGUUAUUGCAAUUAAUAAACAGCUUAUUAUGAUAGGACACUGUAAUAUUUUAAUUUAAGCGCUUAAGAGCCCCAGAAUAGAUUAACGUGUGUGGUUGCACUACAAUUUAACUAUCUCAGUUUAUAAAAAAAAUGCAAAUUAAAUUAAAAUGAUAAAAGGUUUUAUGUAGGGACAAGAUUU